CCGGAAGUUUACAAUCAAACAGAAAGUAGCGUGUUUUCUGACCUAGUUUAGUUGUAAUUUGUUAGUAAUCCGAGGUACUUUUACAACAGGAUGUUUGAGAAUGUUAUUUUUUUAACAUGCCUCUACUUUAUUCAAGGACUGCCAUAUGGCUUGCAAGCAAGAUUUCUUCCUGUAUAUUUUCGUUCACAUGGGAUGUCAUUGACAGACAUCAGCUUGUUCAAACUUCUCCUUACACCAUGGAUGUUGAAAGCCCUAUGGGCACCUUUUGUGGACAAGUAUGGAAGUAAGAAGUCAUGGCUAGCCUGGAGUAUGGUGGGUCUGAUCUUUACCUGUUUGACAGGUGCCUUUACACCCCCUAAAACAAUCGUACCUCUGGCAAUUGUGCUGUUCCUUUUUAAUCUUUUAACAUCGACCCAGGAUAUUGCGGUGGAUGGGAUUGCUAUUCAUGUUUUAUCAGAAGCAGAACUUGGAUAUGGAAAUAUCGCCCAAGUUGUUGGGUAUAAGUUAGGUUCUAUAUUUGGGGGUGGUGUACUAAUUUGGCUUAGUGACUACUUUGAAUGGUCUUAUUUACUCUUUAGUCUUGCCUUUGUGUAUGUGAUCUCAUUAAUGAAUGUUGCCGUCCUUGUUCCAUCCACUGACAAUGACAAAAAAAAUCCAAAGGAUAAAACAGCCAAUAAAAAGGAGACCUUAGAUGAGAAGCCUGAAAAGUCAUGGUUUAUACAGCAUUUUAUAGAAAUUUUCCAGUCACCAGGAACAUGGUGGAUGAUUGGCUUUGUUCUAGUUUAUAAACUAGGAGAACAAGGGGCCUUAAGCAUGCUGCCAUUAUUUCUGCUAGACAAGGGUAUAGCGGCCUCUUCUGUUGGAUUUUGGACUGGUGUGGUGGGACAGGUGCUCUCUAUACUGGGUUCCAUUGUUGGGGGAGGCAUUGUGUCUACCAGCAGAAUGACUGCAUUAGUUCUGCAUGAUAUAUGUGCAUUCAGACUUAUCCCAAUGUUAUUUACAACUUUGGUUAUAUUUUCCUGGGUAGACAAGAGUCAGGUCUGUUUUGUUCUUGCCAUUAUUUCUAUGUGCCUGAUGUUGUUAACCAGUGGAAUUGUGACCACCGCCACUUUUACUCUGAUGAUGCAGUGCUCCAAGAAGGCACCUGAUUAUGUACAGGCCAGCCAUUACACAACAUUGGCUACUUUGGAGGUGCUAGGGAAGCUGGCGUUUUCCGUGGUUCUAGGAUCUAUCACUGAUGCUAUAGGAUAUGAAUAUGUGUUUAUAAUGUUUCUCGUGUUAUCAGUCAUGGCCAUCCUGUUUAUUCAACAGUGUCCAGAAGAACUGAUUAAAAGUGAAGUAGAAUUGACCGUAAAGAAAAAUGAAUGAUUUCAUAAUUUAUUUUGAAUGUGUGUGUAUGCUUGUUGUGAUCAUGACAGUUAGUGAAAAAAAAUUUUAAAUUCCUUGAUCUCAAAUACUGUAUACAGGGUUAUUUUCGCCCUGCUUUAUUUUUACCCUUUCACACUAGCAAACACUUUUGCUCCAUUUUAAAUAUGCCAAGUCACAGUUUUGUUUAAGAAAUUAUACUGUAUUCUUUGAAUCCACCCCUUCUAAAUUCGCCCAAGGUUAGGGCGAAAGGGACCAAAAUAAAAUGGGCGAAAACUUCCCUGUAUACAGUAAUAUACCUUUUUGAAGUUAAGCAAUUUUAUAUGCCAAAAAGCAUUAAUACCGAUAACCCAAAACGAAGGACACAACAUCUUUUACAUACAUGUACGUGUAUAUUAUUGUGUGAUUUAUAUUUAAAAUAAAGCAAAGACAGAGCAUUGAAAA